AUGCUCAGUGUCAUUCAGAAUUUGGGACAAAUUACUACGAUCGAGCUCCAUAAUGGCCCUACUUUGCUUGAAGACGAAGAUGUUGAAUUCGAGAUAAAAUUGCCUGAAGCACUCAUUUCUCUAGAGGCCGAUGCGGCCGCAAAAGUUUCCAAUCUCAGGGAUAAUUUGGACAAUCUGGAGCUCCUGGACCUCAACUACAGAAUGUUUUCUGAUUGGAUUAUCACCUCUGAUUGGAUUAUAGAGGGUUUGAAGGAUGUCCUCUUCGACUAUGCCAUGCCUCUGGCCGACGAGAACAGAAUGACUUCUUCCAAGGUUUAUAUGCUGCGACUUGGGCAACUUCUGCCAGACGGAGAACUUCCAGAGUUUCUUCAAAAGACUUAUGCGCACAUCUCCCUAUCCAGAUUAUCUAACAAAGGAGCUGAUUCUUUUCGGAAUUUUCUGGAUACUCAGGAGGGCAGACUCAUGUCGGUGGUUGACAAGGCACAUCGUUUGAAGCAUUAUCAUUCUUUACGCAACCUUGUAAGCUCAAAUGUAUUAUCGGAUCGUUAA